AUGUAUACCCACCCUGAUCUCUAUUACCACGAAACACCGACAAAACCAAAAUUCUCAAAACGUCAAUUCAGGAAGUACUUCAUCCUAAAUGACUCUAAAUCUGAUCUUAAUAGUGAUGAUGAUGAUGAUCUAUGUGAUAAUCAGAACUUCGUACAUGUACCGGAACAGAAGGAACCAAUACGCUAUAUAAAAGAUGAUGUUCAUGGCAAAUCAAACAAUGCAAUUUUUGAUCGAGUUAUAGAACCCAAUUACAUAAAAGAGACCAAAGAAAAACCAAUACAACGCCUAGAUUGGGACAAUUAUCACAGGCUAAAUGUGAUACAUAAAUUCAUGGAUGACUUGGAGUUUGAAUACCCUUCGAUAUGUACUGUUGGAUACAUUGGGUCAUCUUUAGAAGGCAGAGAUUUGAAGAUUCUUAAGGUAUCCAACAGUAACGCAACUAAUUCAGCUGUCUGGAUAGAUGCUGGUAUUCAUGCAAGGGAGUGGAUAGCGCCCGCUGUCAAUACAUACAUUGCUAAUCAUAUCGCUAGAAAUUUUAGCACUCUUCCAGCAAGUGUUACAAAUAAGGACUGGUACUUCCUACCAGUAGUUAAUCCCGAUGGUUAUGAGUUCACCCAUACUGUCGAUCGGAUGUGGAGGAAAAACAGAGCUUGGCACGGAGGGCAAUGUCUGGGGGUAGAUCUAAACAGGAAUUUUAGCUAUGGCUGGGGGGGUAAAGGUUCUUCAGAGAAUCCAACUCAUGCCUUUUAUCGGGGACCUGAGCCCUUUUCCGAGCCAGAAUCAUGUGCUAUGAGAGACUUCUUAUCCAAAAGCGGUAUAUCGUUCAAAAUCUACAUAACGUUACAUAGCUACGGACAGAUUAUUUUAUUUCCUUUCGCGUACAGAGACGAACUCUGUCCGGACUACGUGAGAUUGCUUGAAGGAGCGUCCAUUAUGUCAAAGGCCAUAUAUGAGUGUAGUGGCAACACCUACAAAGUCGGGAUAUCAAGGGAUGUAAUGUAUGGAGCUGCGGGCACAAGCAAUGACUGGUGUUACGGAGCAGCUGGUAUACCCUACUGCUACCUUAUAGAACUGCGAAGUAAGAAACACAAGUUCAAACUGCCCGAGGAGGAGAUACAAGAGACUGGGAAAGAAAUUCUGAGCUGCGUUAAGGCUCUGAUGGAAUUUAUUGAUGAGAAAGAUGGGGUUGAAGCACAAAGGUACAAUCUUAGUCUUAGUUAA